AAGUGCAGAGACACAAGAGGGGAGGAAAGGCUCUGAGCAUCAGAGCUCAGCUGGAGCCCCCCCUGGCCCCCCUCUACGGUCGUGCAGCCCCCAGCAGGACGAGGACGGCGGCAGACUGAAGGAUGCAACAGUUGCUGCAAGACAUCCGCAGCAUGUCCGUCCAAUUAGCGAGCGCUGGUCUUCAUUAACGAGCUGGAAUGGAUCCGAGGAGUAGCUCGGGGGUGAUCGGCGCACCGUGAGCAUGCAUCGCGUCGUGCACAGGAGGCGCAGGCUGCGGGCUCUGUGGGCUUCUCUGGCCCUGCUGGCUCUCUCCGUGGCCGCCUGCAGCGCGCUCUUCACGGCGUGGACUUGGCGUCAGACGCGGGACCUGUCCCAGUCCUUCCACAUCCUCCAGGACCGCCUGGAGCAGGUCAACAGGCAGAGGAAGGCCAUCGUGCAGCUCAUUCUGGAGAAGAGAGAGCUGCUGGUUGGACAGAGAGUCAAGAGAGAUGGGGGGACGCUGCGCGGGAAGAAUGGAAACGGGAAGAAAGCGGCGUCUCAUUUCGAGAUCACCAAAGUGUCCUCUCAGCAAGUGGGCGAAGGAGGCGUGAUUAAAGGCUGGGAGGAGCGAGUGCUGAAUAUGAGCAAAGCAGUGAGGUACAACAAGGAGGAGGGCACCUUUAUUGUGGAGAAAGCAGGCGUCUACUUCCUCUUCUGUCAGGUUCUCUUCAACGAACAGGAGUCUCAGUACGUCAAGCUGGACGUGGUGACCAGCGGCGGGAGGCCUCAGAAGCUGCAGUGCAUGGAAGGCUACGGGACCACCCCCUCGGCCGGGCCGCACCCCUCCCACUUCCUGAAGCCGUGCCAGGUGUCGGGCCUGCUGCGUCUGGACAAGGGCACGGAGCUGCACGCCAUGACGGGCCCGUCGUUUCGCCUGCACACGGUGGGCAACCCCUCGGCCUCGCCUCACGUCUUCAGCAUCUUCAAAGUCAACUGAGACGAGACGGACGCUAGCGCGCGGGGACGAUCGUUUGUUCCCCCCCCAACCCCCAGAGGAAAAACUCCCGGUGCCACGGCGGUUGCGGCGUGACAUUCUCCCGCCACCUCUUCCCGAAGACGCUCAUUUGAAAGACAAACCUGACAUUUGUGGAAGUUGUUGUGGACUCUGGAAAAAGCGCUGGUGUUUUGGAAAGGCCGUGCACAGACGCUGGACUGGAAGCGAGCGCUCCGGCCGAGGGACACAGACCGGAUGGAAGCUAUAUCUUCCUGGGAUUUCUAUCUUCGCCGUAUCCUGUCGUAAAUUCUUCUUCAUGCAGCCAACAGACGAGCUGUGCUUGCACCUUCAAACAUGACAAGAACAUGUCUUUUGUAUUUGCUACUUUUUGUCGUAUUUAACCAAUCCCAGCAUGAGUGUGAGGACCCGCAGAAAAAAGCAACAAGAACUAUCGACCAAUACCACUUUUAGCCUUAUGAAGCCUAAUCAAUAUAUUUAGCAUGAUUUAGCCACACUGAGGAUGUGUAUGCACUAUCCUUGGCCGGAAUAAUACGAACAAAAUCAAUCAAAAUAAUGAAUUUAGGAAUGUCAAAGUGCAAUCUGCUUGUCAGUGCUUGUAGAAAUGACCAAAAAAGGCAAGCAUUCCAGUGCCUUCUGCGUUGUGGGCUUGCCAGCAUUAGCAUGUAGCGACACAGCAGGCUUGUAUCCUCUCGAUGCUAACAACGAGUCAACAUUCUGCACUUUCAAACGUCAAAAUGUGCCAGCACGUAAAAAGCAGCAUGGCAUUUACAACGCAAACAUCUAAUGAAGUGGCAUGUCUUGUGUAAUAUUGUGUCUUCUUUCUUGCACAAAACAAACGUUAUUUCGAGCUGUGGUUUUGUGUACUCCCACUCUUGUUUAUAAGUAGUUUUGUGGUUUGUGGCGCUCAGCACUUUACUGCAGCAGACCGAGUGCUCUGAAGAACCAGCGUCCAAUGGAACACGGCACACUUUGAUUGCCUCAUCAGACGUUCUGCAUCUCACACACACACAAACACACACGCACUCACACAAUGCAUAUUUCCCCAUCAGCACUGAUUGGACUGCGCACACACACACACACACACGCACACACACACUAGCAGUAUUUUCGAUUACUCAAGCUAAGCACACAGCACAAAAAACAUUGACACAUACACACUUUCUGGCUCUAAUUCCUAUUUUUAUAACGGCCAAAGUUUAUACAACACACUUUCUUAAAAAAAACAACUUGUGAAGAUGUUUGUCUUUGGUGUCAUAUAAAGAGUUCUGUUUUGAAAAACUGUUUGAUCAGCACAUUUGAGCACUUCAACUAUUUAUUUGCAGUUAAUUGAAGCAUGAUGGGGGUGCUUUGAUACGCUUUGUGCAAGAUGCUUAAACCUUAAUGUAGUCAGUACAUGCUGAGCUAACUAAACAAAUCAACAUAUUUGCAAAUGAUUGUCAUAUCUAAAAAGACUGCACAAAAGUAUCAAUGUUAUUCUUACAAAAUGGCAAGAGCAAAAAAAAAACAACAAGCUGGGUGCCAAAAAUUAAACACUCUUGUCCAAAAGCGUGACGAAAGCUUUUCAAAACAAAAUACUGAAGAAUGUGAAUUUGGAGGUUCGGGGGAGCAAAAAAAAAAAAGCAUAAGAAAAAAAAAAAGUUUUUCUAAUUUAUUCCUCUCGUCCUUUUAAAGGCCAGACAAGCGCUCUUGCUUCUUUUCCACAACCUUGCUUUUAUUGCCCCUGGAAAACAUCAAAUCAAAUGAUCGCGAGCGCUUUGGUGAACUUUCUACAACUUCAUCUUUGAGGCAUAAAAACGACAGCGACGGGCCAUUAAUGUCUACAGUCUAUAGUUUAUUCUAUGUCGAGUCGAGCUUUAGGAGCCUAAUGUCUACUCCAGAAAGUUCCACCAAGAACCCUGAAGACAGACUUUUAUGUAACUUUACCACUGAGGAUCAUGUUCCUGGUUAAUUAGCUUGAAUGUGAACAACUUUAUUAUCCAUUUUCUUUUGCUUAUCCGGGUUCAGGUUGCAGGGACGACAGACUUCCUGGUCUCCAGCCACCUUCUUUAGUUCCAUCAGGAAGAGGACAUCUACGAGACUUAAUCCCUCCAGUGUGUCCUAGGUCUAUUUCUCCUAUUUGAGGUUUUCCUAGUGUAAUCAUUUAAAAACACGCUCUUACCUUAGCUAAAACUAAUUACUCUAAUCUCAUUCGCCUCAAUAAAAACAAUGCUAAACAUUGAUCCAACACAGUAGCAUCACUAACCCAGCAAGGGACUCCUCGCAUUAGCUCCACCCACUCUGCUGAUGACUUUAUGAAAUUCUUUACUAAGAAAAUUGAGCUAAUUUCAAAGGAGAUUAAAGAUAACACGGCCCAGUUCCAACUGGGUUCAAUAAACAGAAUAAACGCUCUCCAAAAUAAUCUCUUUCACAAUGAAGAAAUAACAUUAGAUUAGAGGAACUCUUGUGACUUGUAAAUGGGACAAAACAAAAUUGACCCACUUCCUGUGUACCUUAUCAAGGAGCUGUUUGUAAUAUUAAGACCAUCAGUGCUAAAUAUUAUUAACGUAUCACUUUCCUCUGGUACUGUUCUCCUAGCAUUCAAAAAAGCAGUUAUUCAUCCUCUGCUCAAAAGACCUAACCUCGAUUUUGGCCUCCUUUUAAACUACUACCACCCUCCCUUUAUCUCUAAAAUCCUCGAAAGAAUUGUUGCACAGCAGCUAAAUGAACACUUAGUGUCUAACAAUUUCUGUGAACCCUUUCAGUCCGGUUUCAGGGCAAACCACUCUACGGAGACAGCCAUCACAAAAAUGACUUAUUGCUAACUAUGGAUGCUGAUAGAUCAUCCAUGUUGCUGCUACUUGAUCUUAGCGCUGCUUUCGAUACGUCGAUCAUAACAUUCUAUUAGCACGCAACAUCUGCGGUUCCUCCCAAGGUUUCUCAUUGUCCCACUGGGUUGAGUUUUUCUCACCUGGAUGUGGGUUCAGAUCUGAGGAUGCUUUUGUGGUUUGUGAAGCCCUUUGAGGCACUUGUGAUUAAGGGCUAUAUAAAUACAUUUUGAUUGAUUUUUUUGAUUUGGGCACAAUAUGUUACGUCGGGGUCCCAUGGCUUUGCAAAGGUCGUUUCCCCAAAAUGCAGGUAAGAAGGAUGAUUUAUUAAAAUAACAGGGCAAAAAUACAAAAACAGGAAAAUGAGUGGACGGCACAAGAAGCUACGGCAAAGCUUAGCAAUAAGACCAGCCAACAAGGGAGCAAGAAGCAAGUAAUUCUAAAUUCAUAUCCAAAUCAACACUAGCGUAAAUGUUGCGUGUUGGGAACAAGACUGCCAGCCAGAGUGUGGCGCGAGGCAGGAAUAAAUAGCUCUCUGAUUAGUGACCAGGAGCAGGUGAGCAUCCCGACCACUAAUUAGAGGCAGGUGACAAAAAUCAGCAAUGAUGGCAACUAAGAACACACACCAGGGUGCUGAAACAAAAUUAACCCACAACUAAGGAAAUAUCAAACAAAACAAAACAUGACCCGGGCAACCGAUCAUGACACAAUAACCAAUAUUUGGGGCUGAGCUGGACAAGGAUUUAAGUUAUUUUUUAAAUUUGAUUAAGUUAGCACAAAAAUACAUCAUGGGAUUUCAAAAACACCUUUUUUUUAAAUUUACCAAGGAAAGUCCCAUUGAGAUUAUGAAUGUCUUUUUCAAGGAAAUCCUGCACAUGAAUACACAAAUGUAGGUGCCAGUGGGAGCAAGGUGGGUGAAGUGUCUUACCCAAAACACAACGGCCAUGAUUAGGAUAGCGGAAGCUGGGAUUGAACCUGCAACCCACAACUUGAUGGCAUGGCCACUCUACCAAUGAGCCACGCCGAUCCCUUUACUACGUGUGUCCAAGAGGAGAAUAAAAAUGUUCAUUUUAUAAUAUGGGAAAUCUCCUAAAAUUGGUUAAAAAAAUGGGAUUUAAUUUGCAAGCUAAUCAAUUAUAAAGCAGUUUAUGGAUUUCAUACAUUGUGAGGUUUCCUUGUGAGGAACCCUGGAAUAUUAGUUGGAUGGUUGGUUAAAGUUGAUUUCUAACAUGUAUACAGUUUCAAUAUGAUACAUCACAUAUUUUCAUUUCUCUUUACAUGUCCAAAGAGAAGUAGGAAGAAGCAAAGCUUGUUUAAUCCUUCUCCACUUUAUAGCGAUUAAUAACAUAUAUGUCCACUUCCCGUUCUCAAUGCAUAACACAAUUUACAUCAACAAUUCCUCAAUAUGGCAUGAUUGAUACGAAAAAUAUGAUUUCUAAAUAAGGCAAACAUUUAGAUAAAACAAAUUCUGGGAUCUUUCAUGUACCUUAUAGGUGAGACAUUUUACCAAACUGGCUGACAAUUUCUUCCUCAGUGUGACAGA